AGUAUUAGGUGAGAUGUGCUUUUAGUACAAUGCGUUUAAUACUUUUUGGCGUGCUGAUUUUGGGGUUUCUAUCGAACACAAAGGCAUGCUCAAAAUGUCUGGAAGAACCCGAAGUGAUUAUAAAUUGUUAUGGAAAGUAUUUUCAUUGCGUCAAUCAAACGCACUUUUAUCAAUGUGCAAAUUACGGACCGAUUACUCUGGCAUUUUCCAGUCAAGAGAUACAAGAAUGUCCAGGUGGAUUAAUAUGUAGCGAUGCCAACAAAUGGGAAUGCGUUGAACCGACUGAAAGCAGUACCACUACAGAAUGCCCUAACGACACAACAACAGAAAUUCAAACUACCGUUACCCAAGAUACAUCGUCUACUAAAUUGACAAAUGUACCUACAGUAAUUACACCAGCAUCAGAUAACAGUAGCGAUGUAACUUCACCAAAAUCAACUCACAGUGUUACACCUAAAUCUACCAGUAAUCCAACGACCUCGGCAUCUAGUAAAAAUGAUUCAGACUACUCAACACCAAGUGAUCGAGGGCCUGGGAUUUCCUCUGACGAACCAGAAACGAUUGAACCAAGUUCUGACGAACCAAAUAAGACCACUGAACUAAGUUUUACUACAAGUACUUCUGAUGGUUUUUCUGACGAGCCAAGUGAAGCUACGGAACCAAUCUCUACGAUAUCUGAAUCUGCCACAAGCACAUCUAAAGGUUCCUCAUCGACAGAGAGCGGAUCAGGUGGAUCUUCUGACGAACCAAGUGAAACUACCGAACCGAGCUCUGCAACAUCCGAAUCUGCCACAAGCACACCCGAAGGCUCCUCAUCGACUGCUGGUGGAUCAGGUGGAUCUUCUGACGAACCAAGUGAAACUAUUGAAACGAGCUCUGCAACAUCUGAGUCUGCCACAAGCACAUCUGAAGACUCCUCAUCGACGAAAGGCGGAUCAGGCGGAUUUUCUGACGAGCCAAGUGAUACAACUGAACCGAGCUCUGCAACAUCUGAAUCUGCCACAAGCACAUCUGAAGGCUCCUCAUCGACUGCUGGUGGAUCAGGUGGACCUUCUGACGAGCCAAGUGAAACUACCGAACCGAGCUCUGCAACAUCUGAAUCUGCCAUAAGCACAUCUGAAGGCUCCUCAUCGACUGCUGGCGGAUCAGGUGGAUCUUCUGACGAGCCAAGUGAAACUACCGAACCGAGCUCUGCAACAUCUGAAUCUGCCAUAAGCACAUCUGAAGGCUCCUCAUCGACUGCUGGCGGAUCAGGUGGAUCUUCUGACGAGCCAAGUGAAACUACCGAGCCGAGCUCUGCAACAUCUGAAUCUGCCACAAGCACAUCUGAAGGCUCCUCAUCGACUGCUGGUGGAUCUGGUGGAUCUUCUGACGAACCAAGUGAAACUACUGAACCAACCUCUGCAACCUCUGAAUCUGCCAUAAGCACAUCUGAAGCUCCUCAUCGACUGCUGGUGGGUCAGGUGGAUCUACUGACGAACCAAGUGAAACUACUGAACCAACCUCUGCAACCUCUGAAUCUGCCACAAAGCACAUCUGAAGGCUCCUCAUCAUCGACUGCUGGUGGAUCAGCACAUCUGAGGCUCCCCUCAUCGACUGCUGGCGGAUCAGGUGGAUCUUCUGACGAGCCAAGUGAAACUACCGAACCGAGCUCUGCAACAUCUGAAUCUGCCAUAAGCACAUCUAAAGGCUCCUCAUCGACUGCUGGCGGAUCAGGUGGAUCUUCUGACGAGCCAAGUGAAACUACCGAACCGAGCUCUGCAACAUCUGAAUCUGCCAUAAGCACAUCUGAAGGCUCCUCAUCGACUGCUGGGGAUCAGGUGGAUCUUCUGACGAGCCAAGUGAAACUACUGAACCGAGCUCUGCAACAUCUGAAUCUGCCACAAGCAUCUGAAGGCUCCUCAUCGACCGAAGGCGGAUCAGGUGGAUCUUCUGACGAGCCAAGUGAAACUACCGAACCGAGCUCUGCAACAUCUGAAUCUGCCAUAAGCACAUCUGAAGGCUCCUCAUCGACUGCUGGCGGAUCAGGUGGAUCUUCUGACGAGCCAACACAUCUGAAGGCUCCUCAUCGACUGCUGGUGGAUCAGGUGGAUCUUACUGACGAACCAAGUGAAACUACUGAACCGAGCUCUGCAACAUCUGAAUCUGCCACAAGCACAUCUGAGGGCUCCUCAUCGACUGCUGGUGGAUCAGGUGGAUCUUCUGACGAACCAAGUGAAACUACUGAACCAACCUCUGCAACAUCUGAAUCUGCCAUAAGCACAUCUGAAGGCUCCUCAUCGACUGCUGGCGGAUCAGGUGGAUCUUCUGACGAAGGCCAAGUGAAACUACUGAACCGAGCUCUGCAACAUCUGAAUCUGCCACAAGCACAUCUGAAGGCUCCCUCAUCGACUGAAGGCGGAUCAGGUGGAUCUUCUGACGAGCCAAGUGAAACUACCGAACCAGGCUCUGCAACAUCUGAAUCUGCCACAGAAGCACAUCUGAAGGCUCCUCAUCGACUGCUGGCGGAUCAGGUGGAUCUUCUGACGAGCCAAGUGAAACUACUGAACCGAGCUCUGCAACAUCUGAAUCUGCCACAAGCACAUCUGAAGGCUCCUCAUCAUCGACCGAAGGCGGAUCAGGUGGAUCUUCUGACGAGCCAAGUGAAACUACUGAACCGAGCUCUGCAACAUCUGAAUCUGCCACAAGCACAUCUGAAGGCUCCUCAUCGACCGAAGGCGGAUCAGGUGGAUCUUCUGACGAGCCAAGUGAAACUACCGAGACCGAGCUCUGCAACAUCUGAAUCUGCCACAAAGCAUCUGAAGGCUCCUCAUCGACUGCUGGCGGAUCAGGUGGAUCUUCUGACGAGCCAAAGUGAAACUACUGAACCAAGCUCUGCAACCUCUGAAUCUGCCAUAAGCACAUCUGAAGGCUCCUCAUCGACUGCUGGUGGAUCAGGUGGAUCUUCUGACGAGCCAAGUGAAACUACUGAACCAAGCUCUGCAACCUCUGAAUCUGCCAUAAGCACAUCUGAAGGCUCCUCAUCGACUGCUGGCGGAUCAGGUGGAUCUUCUGACGAACCAAGUGAAACUACUGAACCAGGCUCUGCAACAUCUGAAUCUGCCACAAGCACAUCUGAAGGCUCCUCAUCGACCGAAGGUCAGGUGGAUCUUCUGACGAGCCAGAGUGAAACUACCGAACCGAGCUCUGCAACAUCUGAAUCUGCCACAAGCACAUCUGAGGGCUCCUCAUCGACUGCUGGCGGAUCAGGUGGAUCUUCUGACGAGCCAAGUGAAACUACUGAACCGAGCUCUGCAACAUCUGAAUCUGCCACAAGCAUAUCUGAAGGCUCCUCAUCGACCGAAGGCGGAUCAGGUGGAUCUUCUGACGAGCCAAGUGAAACUACCGAACCGAGCUCUGCAACAUCUGAAUCUGCCACAAGCACAUCUGAAGGCUCCUCAUCGACUGCUGGUGGAUCAGCACAUCUGAAGGCUCCUCAUCGACCGAAGGCGGAUCAGGUGGAUCUUCUGACGAGCCAAAGUGAAACUACCGAACCGAGCUCUGCAACAUCUGAAUCUGCCACAAGCACAUCUGAGGGCUCCUCAUCGGCUGCUGGCGGAUCAGGUGGAUCUUCUGACGAGCCAAGUGAAACUACUGAACCAAGCUCUGCAACAUCUGAAUCUGCCACAAGCACAUCUGAAGGCUCCUCAUCGACCGAAGGCGGAUCAGGUGGAUCUUCUGACGAACCAAGUGAAACUACUGAACCAACCUCUGCAACAUCUGAAUCUGCCUACAAAGCACAUCUGAAGGCUCCUCAUCGACUGCUGGUGGAUCAGGUGGAUCUUCUGACGAACCAAGCUCCUCAUCGACUGCUGGUGGAUCAGGUGGAUCUUCUGACGAACCAAGUGAAACUACUGAACCUCUCGCAACCUCUGAAUCUGCCACAAGCACAUCUGAAGGCUCCUCAUCGACUGCUGGUGGAUCAGGUGGAUCUUCUGACGAGGCCAAGUGAAACUACUGAACCAACCCCUGCAACCUCUGAAUCUGCCACAAGCACAUCUAAAGGCUCCUCAUCGACCGAAGGCGGAUCAGGUAGAUCUUCUGACGAGCCAAGUGAAACUACUGAACCGAGCUCUGCAACAUCUGAAUCUGCCACAAGCACAUCUGAAGGCUCCUCAUCGACUGCUGGCGGAUCAGGUGGAUCUUCUGACGAACUAAGUGAAACUACUGAACCAACCUCUGCAACCUCUGAAUCUGCCACAAACUCUGCAACAUCUGAAUCUGCCACAAGCACAUCUGAAGGCUCCUCAUCGACUGCUGGUGGAUCAGGUGGAUCUUCUGACGAACCAAGUGAAACUACUGAACCAACCUCUGCAACAUCUGAAUCUGCCACAAGCACAUCUGAAGGCUCCUCAUCGACUGCUGGUGGAUCAGGUGGAUCUUCUGACGAACCAAGUGAAACUACUGAACCAACCUCUGCAACAUCUGAAUCUGCCACAAGCACAUCUGAAGGCUCCUCAUCGACCGCUGGCGGAUCAGGUGGAUCUUCUGACGAGCCAAGUGAAACUACCGAACCGAGCUCUGCAACAUCUGAAUCUGCCACAAGCACAUCUGAAGGCUCUCAUCGACUGCUGGUGGAUCAGGUGGAUCUUCUGACGAACCAAGUGAAACUACUGAACCAACCUGCAACCUCUGAAUCUGCCACAAGCACAUCUGAAGGCUCCUCAUCGACUGCUGGCGGAUCAGGUGGAUCUUCUGACGAACCAAGUGAAACUACUGAACCAACCUCUGCAACAUCUGAAUCUGCCACAAGCACAUCUGAAGGCUCCUCAUCGACUGCUGGCGGAUCAGGUGGAUCUUCUGACGAGCCAAGUGAAACUACUGAACCGAGCUCUGCAACAUCUGAAUCUGCCAUAAGCACAUCUGAAGGCUCCUCAUCGACUGCUGGCGGAUCAGGUGGAUCUUCUGACGAGCCAAGUGAAACUACCGAACCGAGCUCUGCAACAUCUGAAUCUGCCACAAGCACAUCUGAGGGCUCCUCAUCGACCGAAGGCGGAUCAGGUGGAUCUUCUGACGAGCCAAGUGAAACUACCGAGCCGAGCUCUGCAACAUCUGAAUCUGCCACAAGCACAUCUGAAGGCUCCUCAUCGACUGCUGGUGGAUCUGGUGGAUCUUCUGACGAACCAAGUGAAACUACUGAACCAACCUCUGCAACCUCUGAAUCUGCCAUAAGCACAUCUGAAGGCUCCUCAUCGACUGCUGGUGGAUCAGGUGGAUCUACUGACGAACCAAGUGAAACUACUGAACCAACCUCUGCAACCUCUGAAUCUGCCAUAAGCACAUCUGAAGGCUCCUCAUCGACUGCUGGUGGAUCAGGUGGAUCUUCUGACGAACCAAGUGAAACUACUGAACCAACCUCUGCAACAUCUGAAUCUGCCACAAGCACAUCUGAAGGCUCCUCAUCGACCGAAAGCGGAUCAGGUGGAUCUUCUGACGAGCCAAGUGAAACUACCGAACCGAGCUCUGCAACAUCUGAAUCUGCCACAAGCACAUCUGAAGGCUCCUUAUCGACUGCUGGCGGAUCAGGUGGAUCUUCUGACGAGCCAAGUGAAACUACCGAACCAACCCCUGCAACCUCUGAAUCUGCCACAAGCACAUCUAAAGGCUCCUCAUCGACCGAAGGCGGAUCAGGUGGAUCUUCUGACGAGCCAAGUGAAACUACUGAACCGAGCUCUGCAACAUCUGAAUCUGCCACAAGCACAUCUGAAGGCUCCUCAUCGACUGCUGGUGGAUCAGGUGGACCUUCUGACGAGCCAAGUGAAACUACCGAACCGAGCUCUGCAACAUCUGAAUCUGCCACAAGCACAUCUGAAGGCUCCUCAUCGACCGAAGACGGGUCAGGUGGAUCUUCUGACGAGCCAAGUGAAACUACUGAACCGAGCUCUGCAACAUCUGAAUCUGCCACAAGCACAUCUGAAGGCUCCUCAUCGGCUGCUGGUGGGUCAGGUGGAUCUUCUGACGAACCAAGUCAAACUACUGAACCAACCUCUGCAACAUCUGAACCUGCCACAAGCAUAUCUGAAGGCUCCUCAUCGACCGAAGGCGGAUCAGGUGGAUCUUCUGACGAACCAAGUGAAACUACUGAACCAACCUCUGCAACAUCUGAAUCUGCUACAAGCACAUCUGAAGGCUCCUCAUCGACUGCUGGUGGAUCAGGUGGAUCUUCUGACGAACCAAGUGAAACUACUGAACCAACCUCUGCAACCUCUGAAUCUGCCACAAGCACAUCUGAAGGCUCCUCAUCAACUGCUGGUGGAUCAGGUGGAUCUUCUGACGAACCAAGUGAAACUACUGAACCAACCUCUGAAUCUGCCACAAGCACAUCUGAAGGCUCCUCAUCGACUGCUGGUGGAUCAGGUGGAUCUUCUGACGAACCAAGUGAAACUACUGAACCAACCCCUGCAACCUCUGAAUCUGCCACAAGCAUAUCUGAAGGCUCCUCAUCGACCGAAGGCGGAUCAGGUGGAUCUUCUGACGAGCCAAGUGAAACUACCGAACCGAGCUCUGCAACAUCUGAAUCUGCCAUAAGCACAUCUGAAGGCUCCUCAUCGACUGCUGGCGGAUCAGGUGGAUCUUCUGACGAGCCAAGUGAAACUACCGAACCGAGCUCUGCAACAUCUGAAUCUGCCACAAGCACAUCUGAGGGCUCCUCAUCGACCGAAGGCGGAUCAGGUGGAUCUUCUGACGAGCCAAGUGAAACUACCGAGCCGAGCUCUGCAACAUCUGAAUCUGCCACAAGCACAUCUGAAGGCUCCUCAUCGACUGCUGGUGGAUCUGGUGGAACUUCUGACGAACCAAGUGAAACUACUGAACCAACCUCUGCAACCUCUGAAUCUGCCAUAAGCACAUCUGAAGGCUCCUCAUCGACUGCUGGUGGAUCAGGUGGAUCUUCUGACGAACCAAGUGAAACUACUGAACCAACCUCUGCAACAUCUGAAUCUGCCACAAGCACAUCUGAAGGCUCCUCAUCGACCGAAAGCGGAUCAGGUGGAUCUUCUGACGAGCCAAGUGAAACUACCGAACCGAGCUCUGCAACAUCUGAAUCUGCCACAAGCACAUCUGAAGGCUCCUUAUCGACUGCUGGCGGAUCAGGUGGAUCUUCUGACGAGCCAAGUGAAACUACCGAACCAACCCCUGCAACCUCUGAAUCUGCCACAAGCACAUCUAAAGGCUCCUCAUCGACCGAAGGCGGAUCAGGUGGAUCUUCUGACGAGCCAAGUGAAACUACUGAACCGAGCUCUGCAACAUCUGAAUCUGCCAUAAGCACAUCUGAAGGCUCCUCAUCGACUGCUGGCGGAUCAGGUGGAUCUUCUGACGAGCCAAGUGAAACUACUGAACCGAGCUCUGCAACAUCUGAAUCUGCCACAAGCAUAUCUGAAGGCUCCUCAUCGACCGAAGGCGGAUCAGGUGGAUCUUCUGACGAACCAAGUGAAACUACUGAACCAACCUCUGCAACAUCUGAAUCUGCCACAAGCACAUCUGAAGGCUCCUUAUCGACUGCUGGUGGAUCAGGUGGAUCUACUGACGAACCAAGUGAAACUACUGAACCAACCUCUGCAACCUCUGAAUCUGCCAUAAGCACAUCUGAAGGCUCCUCAUCGACUGCUGGUGGAUCAGGUGGAUCUUCUGACGAACCAAGUGAAACUACUGAACCAACCUCUGCAACCUCUGAAUCUGCCAUAAGCACAUCUGAAGGCUCCUCAUCGACUGCUGGUGGAUCAGGUGGAUCUAAUGACGAACCAAGUGAAACUACCGAACCAACCCCUGCAACCUCUGAAUCUGCCAUAAGCACAUCUAAAGGCUCCUCAUCGACCGAAGGCGGAUCAGGUGGAUCUUCUGACGAGCCAAGUGAAACUACUGAACCGAGCUCUGCAACAUCUGAAUCUGCCAUAAGCACAUCUGAAGGCUCCUCAUCGACUGCUGGUGGAUCAGGUGGAUCUUCUGACGAACCAAGUGAAACUACUGAACCGAGCUCUGCAACAUCUGAAUCUGCCACAAGCAUAUCUGAAGGCUCCUCAUCGACCGAAGGCGGAUCAGGUGGAUCUUUUGACGAGCCAAGUGAAACUACCGAACCGAGCUCUGCAACAUCUGAAUCUGCCAUAAGCACAUCUGAAGGCUCCUCAUCGACUGCUGGCGGAUCAGGUGGAUCUUCUGACGAGCCAAGUGAAACUACCGAACCGAGCUCUGCAACAUCUGAAUCUGCCACAAGCACAUCUGAGGGCUCCUCAUCGACCGAAGGCGGAUCAGGUGGAUCUUCUGACGAGCCAAGUGAAACUACCGAACCGAGCUCUGCAACAUCUGAAUCUGCCAUAAGCACAUCUGAAGGCUCCUCAUCGACUGCUGGCGGAUCAGGUGGAUCUUCUGACGAGCCAAGUGAAACUACUGAACCGAGCUCUGCGACAUCUGAAUCUGCCACAAGCAUAUCUGAAGGCUCCUCAUCGACCGAAGGCGGAUCAGGUGGAUCUUCUGACGAGCCAAGUGAAACUACCGAACCGAGCUCUGCAACAUCUGAAUCUGCCAUAAGCACAUCUGAAGGCUCCUCAUCGACUGCUGGCGGAUCAGGUGGAUCUUCUGACGAGCCAAGUGAAACUACCGAAUCGAGCUCUGCAACAUCUGAAUCUGCCACAAGCACAUCUGAGGGCUCCUCAUCGACCGAAGGCGGAUCAGGUGGAUCUUCUGACGAGCCAAGUGAAACUACCGAGCCGAGCUCUGCAACAUCUGAAUCUGCCACAAGCACAUCUGAAGGCUCCUCAUCGACUGCUGGUGGAUCUGGUGGAUCUUCUGACGAACCAAGUGAAACUACUGAACCAACCUCUGCAACCUCUGAAUCUGCCAUAAGCACAUCUGAAGGCUCCUCAUCGACUGCUGGUGGAUCAGGUGGAUCUUCUGACGAACCAAGUGAAACUACUGAACCAACCUCUGCAACAUCUGAAUCUGCCACAAGCACAUCUGAAGGCUCCUCAUCGACCGAAAGCGGAUCAGGUGGAUCUUCUGACGAGCCAAGUGAAACUACCGAACCGAGCUCUGCAACAUCUGAAUCUGCCACAAGCACAUCUGAAGGCUCCUUAUCGACUGCUGGCGGAUCAGGUGGAUCUUCUGACGAGCCAAGUGAAACUACCGAACCAACCCCUGCAACCUCUGAAUCUGCCACAAGCACAUCUAAAAGCUCCUCAUCGACCGAAGGCGGAUCAGGUGGAUCUUCUGACGAGCCAAGUGAAACUACUGAACCGAGCUCUGCAACAUCUGAAUCUGCCAUAAGCACAUCUGAAGGCUCCUCAUCGACUGCUGGUGGAUCAGGUGGAUCUUCUGACGAACCAAGUGAAACUACUGAACCAACCUCUGCAACAUCUGAAUCUGCCACAAGCACAUCUGAAGGCUCCUUAUCGACUGCUGGUGGAUCAGGUGGAUCUUCUGACGAACCAAGUGAAACUACUGAACCAACCUCUGCAACCUCUGAAUCUGCCACAAGCACAUCUGAAGGCUCCUCAUCGACCGAAGGCGGGUCAGGUGGAUCUUCUGACGAGCCAAGUGAAACUACCGAACCAACCCCUGCAACCUCUGAAUCUGCCACAAGCACAUCUAAAGGCUCCUCAUCGACCGAAGGCGGAUCAGGUGGAUCUUCUGACGAGCCAAGUGAAACUACUGAACCGAGCUCUGCAACAUCUGAAUCUGCCAUAAGCACAUCUGAAGGCUCCUCAUCGACUGCUGGUGGAUCAGGUGGAUCUUCUGACGAACCAAGUGAAACUACUGAACCGAGCUCUGCAACAUCUGAAUCUGCCACAAGCACAUCUGAAGGCUCCUCAUCGACUGCUGGCGGAUCAGGUGGAUCUUCUGACGAACUAAGUGAAACUACUGAACCAACCUCUGCAACCUCUGAAUCUGCCACAAGCACAUCUGAAGGCUCCUCAUCGACCGAAGACGGGUCAGGUGGAUCUUCUGACGAGCCAAGUGAAACUACUGAACCGAGCUCUGCAACAUCUGAAUCUGCCACAAGCACAUCUGAAGGCUCCUCAUCGGCUGCUGGUGGGUCAGGUGGAUCUUCUGACGAACCAAGUCAAACUACUGAACCAACCUCUGCAACAUCUGAACCUGCCACAAGCAUAUCUGAAGGCUCCUCAUCGACCGAAGGCGGAUCAGGUGGAUCUUCUGACGAACCAAGUGAAACUACUGAACCAACCUCUGCAACAUCUGAAUCUGCUACAAGCACAUCUGAAGGCUCCUCAUCGACUGCUGGUGGAUCAGGUGGAUCUUCUGACGAACCAAGUGAAACUACUGAACCAACCUCUGCAACCUCUGAAUCUGCCACAAGCACAUCUGAAGGCUCCUCAUCAACUGCUGGUGGAUCAGGUGGAUCUUCUGACGAACCAAGUGAAACUACUGAACCGAUCUCUGCAACAUCUGAAUCUGACACAAGCACAUCUGAAGGCUCCUCAUCGACCGAAGGCGGAUCGGGUGGAUCUUCUGACGAACCAAGUAAAACUACUGAACCGAGCUCUGCAAUAUCUGAAUCUGCCACAAGCACAUCUGAAGGCUCCUCAUCGACUGGUGGCGGAUCAGGUGGAUCUUCUGACGAGCCAAGUGAAGCUACUGAACCCAGCUCUGCAACAUCUGAAUCUGCCACAAGCACAUCUGAAGGCUUCUCAUCGACCGAAGGCGGAUCAGGUGGAUCUUCUGACGAACCAAGUGAAACUACUGAACCAACCUCUGCAACAUCUAAAUCUGCCACAAGCACAACUGAAGGCUCCUCAUCGACCGAAGGCGGAUCAGGUGGAUCUUCUGACGAGCCAAGUGAAACUACUGAACCGAGCUCUGCAACAUCGCAAUCUGUCACAAGCACAUCUGAAGGUUCCUCAUCGACUGCUGGCGGAUCAGGUGGAUCUUCUGACGAACCAAGUGAAACUACUGAACCAACCUCUGCAACAUCUAAACCUGCCACAAGCACAUCUGAAGGCUCCUCAUCGACCGAAGGCGGAUCAGGUGGAUUUUCUGACGAACCAAAUGAAACUAUUGAACCGAGCUCUGCAACAUCGCAAUCUGUCACAAGCACAUCUGAAGGCUCCUCAUCGACUGCUGGCGGAUCAGGUGGAUCUUCUGACGAGCCCAGUGAAACUACCGAAUCAAGCUCUGCAACAUCUGAAUCUGUCACAAGCACAUCUGAAGGCUCCUCAUCGACCGAUGGAGGAUCAGGUGGAUCUUCUGACGAAUCAAGUUCUACAACAUUUGAACCUGCCACUAGUACAUCUGAAAGCUAUUCAUCGACAAGUGGUUCAUCUGACGAACUUAGUUCUACGACUUCCGAGUCUAUUACUAACACUACUGAAGUCUCUACAGAAGCCGGAUCAAAAACACCACCUGGUGGAUCCACGAUAUGGCCACCUAAACCAACAGAUUUUACCGAUUACUCUGGUCCUACUUCAGAGUCGUCAAGUUUGAAACCAGGGUUCAGAUGUCACAGUGCCGGGAAGUAUCCUGACAACGUAAGCUGUCAUAAAUACCACAUUUGUGUCGACCUGUUCCAUGAGAUAGUUGACUUAGAAGGCGACUGCCCUCCAGGUACCAACUACGAUGCUUUCGAGAACCAGUGCACCACUCUACCUGUUCAGUGUCCCGGAGAACCUCAAUUGAACUGUACCAGAGAUGGCACGUUUGCCCACCCGCAUAAAUGUAACAGGUACUAUACCUGCGAUUUUAAUUAUGUUUUUGAUCGGUACGAUUUGAAGCAGUACCUUUGUCCCUAUGGUCAAGCGUAUGACGAAGAGAGUGAUGCUUGCAUUGGAUCGGCUAGGUGUCGUCAAGACCCACAAAGGAACUUCUCAUGUUCUGAAAUCGGGUCUUUCCCUGUAGAACGAAAUUGUACCAGUUUUUACGAAUGUACGUUGGACAACAGAGCUAAGUUUGUUCAAACUACGAAAACCUGUGGAGAUAAUGCUCUCUUUGAUAGAGUUAGAAGGAGAUGCCGUCGAUCAUGCUUGGUAACGAAUUGUCCAUAUAACAAUAUCGAUAUCGAGUAACCACACUGUCACACUGUACUGUAUAUAUUUCUGUAUAGCCCUCUACAGAGCACCUGAAAUCUAAUAUCUGCAUAAAUGUAUCAAUAAAUUUUAUUCUUUAAAAUCUAUUU